AUGUAUAGCACCCGACUAGCAGCAGCAGCAGCAGCAGCUACUGCAGCAGCAGCAGAGCAGCAGCAGCAGCAGCAGCAGCAGCAGCAGCAGCAGCAGCAACUGCAGCAGCAGCUGCCGGCCAUUAAGUGUGUUAACAAUAAUGAAGCUAUCGAGGACUGCUUGCUGCUGCUAAGCAGAGGCCUUGAUGCAGAUGGUGUGCUGCUGCAGCUGUUGUCGCUGCUGCAGCAGCGCAGCAAAGAUGACAGCACCAGCACUACCUCGCAGCAGCAGCAGCAGCAACAGCAGCAGCAGCAGCAGCAGCAGGAAGAUGGUUGCGGGGGUAUCUUUGGCUCCAUGACUUCUAAUGAGGAGCAACCAUCCGAACAGCAGCAGCAGCAGCAGCAGCAACAGCAGCAGCAGCAGCAGCAGGAAAGGAAGAGGCCUCUAUACAGUGCAGCAUGGCCUCGGCUAGUAUUAGUACUAGGCCUUGCUGCAGCAGAGCAUGCAGCAGUACGGGCACUGCAGCAGCGGCAGCAUCGGCAGCAGCGCCGUUUGCUGCAGGCUGCUGCUGCUGCUGCUAAGGCAAGACUAAAGAGCAGCAGCGGUGAUGAAGCUGCAGCAGCAGCAGCAGCAGCAGAAGUUGCAGCAGCAGCAGCAGCAUUAGAAGACUUGGAGCUGCAGCAACGGGCUGAGGAGCUGCGUAUAGCAUGCAGCAGCAGCAGCAGCGGGGAAGCAGCAGCAGCAGCAGCAACAACAUGGCAAUCAAGGCAGCAAAUGUAUAGAGGUAAGCAGCAGCAGCAGCAACAACAGCAACAGCAGCAGCAACAGCAGCAGCAGCAGCAGCAGGCAAUAUUGGUGUUGCUACAGCGCAAUCGUGUUGGCGGUCUAAAGGCAAUAAGCGAUAGACCGCAGCAUUUUGCUGCCAGCAGCAGCAGCCGCAGCAGCAGCAGCAGCAGCAGCUGCUGCAACCUGACACAGACACUCAAGCUGCUGCAGCUAAAAAAAGUUCGCUGUAUGAGUCGCACACAUAAGGAUGUCAAGAGUACACUAGAGGGUCCAUCACAGCCACAGACAUGCGAAGUUUUGCUUCCUCCUUCUUUGCUGCUGCUGGAGAUACAGCAGGCGCUGCUGCUGCUGCUGCAGCGGGGGCUGCAGCAGCUAAAAAAAUGCCGUCCUGGUCUGCUGCAGGAUUGGGAGGUGUCUUGUCUCUUUCGUGGUCCUGCACCUCCUCCUAUUCCUCUAGAAGAGCAGCAGCAGCAGCAGCAGCAGCAACAGCAGCAGCAGCAGCAACAGCAGCAGCAGCAGCAGCAGCAGCAGCAGCAGCAGAGGGCACCUAUUGGUGGCUCCUUAAGAAAAGCUUUGAAUUCUGUUUGGCAUCAAUUAGACCCAAAAAUGAAGGCCCUUGUUGCUAGGGUCUGCGUAAGGGGCCCUGCUGCAGCUGGUGCUGCUGGCAGUCACCCAACGUACUACGAAAAUGGCAGUCCAGUCAAGCAGCAGCGAACGGAUGCAGCAGGCGGAGCAGCAGCAGGAGAGCAGCAGCAGCAGCAGCAGCAGCAGCAGCACUAUGAGAAGCGUGCUGUGCUGCAGUUAGAGCCUCCUGCUGCACUUGAUUGGCUGCAGCAAUUUGUAUGGCAAUGCCAAGUAGAUGAUGAUAUAUACGAGGCGCUGCUGCGGGAGCAGGGGAUACCUUCUGCUGCUGCUGCUGCUGCUGCUGCUGCUGCUGCUGGUGCAUCUGGUACAUCAGGACGGCAUCAGCAGCAGCAGCAAAAUGGGGGACAGACGGAUGAUUCCAGCUCAAGUUGCAUCUGUAUUGGCAGCAGCAGCAGCAGCAGCGAGAGCAGCGGUGACGACAGCAGCAGCAGCGACAAUGGCUACAGCAGCGAGUGCAGCAACAGCAGCAGCGUCAGCAUCAUCAGCAGCAACAGCAGCAGCAACCCUAACGAUGCCACUAACGGUGGGCAGAUGCCUAAUGAGGGAAGCGAGGAAACUGGAGGAGCAGCAGCAACUGCAGCACCACCUGCUGCUGCUGCUGCUGCUGCUGCUGCUCCCCGUAAUGUACGACGCAUACGGCGUCCUGCCUACCGCAUAUUAAUUAUAUGUGGGGACAGCAGCGUCUGCUGCAGCGUAAGAUUGGCGCUGCUGCUGGGGACACGGCAGCUGCUGCUGCGGUGUCUAGGCAGCUAUGUACGUGGUCUUGCUGCUGGUGGGGUUCCUUCUUCUGCUGCUGGUGGUGCUGCUGCAGGUGCUGUUGCUGCGGCGGCGGCAGCAGCAGCAGAUGGGGGAGAUAAACGCAGCAGCAGCAGCAGCAGCAGCAGCAGCGGAUUUACUAGCAGCAGGAGAGCAGAGCAGCAGCUGCUGCAGCAGGCGCUGCGCAUGGAAGAAAUGAUGGGGGGAACUGCCUCAGGGUUUCAUGCAACAGCAGCAGCAACUGCUGCUUCUGCUGCUGUUGCUGCUGCUGCUGCUGAUCCCGAUGGACCCAGCGACAGGCAGCUGUGGCGGGCUCUGCGCUGGAGGACGAAAGGUCUCAGCGCGUCCGAUGGCAAUGCAGCAAUAUCCCUUGUGCUGCAGCAGCACCAACCGCAUGCAAUUGUGCUGCUGCCUCCGCUGCUGUCUUGUGUGCGGCUACUAGAGGGGUACUGUGCUACUCUUUAUCAGCAGCAGCAAAUAGAUGAACUCCUUGCUGCUGCUGCAGCAGGAGGUUCUGCUGCAGAUGCGACACCGGCAGCAGCAGCAGCUGCUGCAGCAGCUGCAGCAGACUCCACCGUAGAAGAUUCCGAGAAAACAGCAGCAGGGACGACAGCAUCAACAACAGCACCAACAGAAACACCAGCAACAGCAGCAACAACAGCAGCAGCAACAACAACAACAACAGCAGCAGCAGCAGCAGCAGCAACAACAACAACAAAAACAAAGACGCGUUGUUCCCGAGCCUUAAGGUUGCUGCAGAAGCAGCGACUAGUCGGACCAUUGUCUUCGGGUCCUCCUGCUGCUGCUGCUCCUGCUGCUGCUCCUGCUGCUGCUGAUGCUGCUGAUGAUGAUGAUGAUGAUGAUUAUGAUGAUCAUGAUGAUGAUGAUGAUCAUGAUGAUGAUCAUGAUGAUGAUCAUGAUCAUGAUGAUGAUGAUGCUUGUUGGGGUGGUUAUGGUGGUAGUGGGGGUGGUGCUGCUGCUGCUGCUGUUGUUGUUGUUGCUGCUGCUGAUGAUGAUGAUGAUGAUGAUGAUGGUAGUAGUAGUAGAAGCAGAAAGAUAGAUAGGGGAUAUUAUGUGCUGCUGUUGUUUGCUGCUGCUGCUGCUGCUGCUGCUGCUGCAGAGAUAUCUGCGUAG